UCCUAACAGACAGCUCGAGACCGGCUUUACCGUAUUCGGGGCUGGGAUGAUGAUGAAUUAAAACAUCUCGUGUUUUGUAUGAUCAGAUUCUCAAAAGCAUUCGCUGCUGUUGUUUAGUGUGUAGACAGUAUUUUCAAUAGAAUUAUUAUUUAUAUAUAUUAGAAAGAUGUCCGUGGUCGGAUUCGACGUCGGGUUUAUGAACUGCUACAUCGCGGUCGCGCGCGCCGGAGGCAUCGAGACUAUAGCGAACGAGUACAGCGACCGGUGCACACCAGCAUGUGUAUCAUUCGGGCCAAGAAAUCGAUCCAUCGGUGCGGCCGCAAAAAGCCAGGUGGUGACUAACGCUAAGAACACCGUGCAGGGCUUCAAGCGUUUCCAUGGCCGCGCUUUUUCAGACCCGUUCGUUCAGCGUAUGAAAUCCAAUCUCGUUUAUGAGCUUUCGCAGAUGCCAACAGGGACCACAGGAAUUAAGGUCACGUACAUGGAGGAGGAGAAGGUGUUCAGUAUCGAGCAGGUCACAGCCAUGCUCCUUACCAAACUAAAGGAGACGGCCGAGAGCGCGCUGAAGAAGCCCGUGGCCGACUGCGUCAUUUCGGUUCCUUGCUACUACACGGAUGCUGAGAGAAGGUCAGUCGUCGAUGCAGCUCAGAUCGCUGGACUCAACUGUUUGAGACUCAUGAAUGAAACGACAGCAGUGGCUCUGGCGUACGGGAUUUAUAAGCAGGACCUGCCGGCUCCAGAGGAGAAGCCCAGGACCGUGGUGUUUGUCGAUCUCGGUCACUCAGGCUACCAGGUUUCUGUGUGCGCCUUUAACAAAGGCAAGCUCAAGGUUCUUGCGACAGCGUUUGAUGAUCAGUUAGGAGGAAAAGACUUUGACGAGGUGCUUGUGAACCAUUUCUGUGAGGAGUUUGGAAAGAAGUACAAACUGGAUGUCAAGUCCAAGCCCAGGGCUCUGGUGCGCCUCUAUCAGGAGUGCGAGAAACUCAAAAAGCUGAUGAGUGCCAACUCGUCUGACCUGCCCCUCAACAUCGAGUGUUUCAUGAACGACAUUGAUGUGUCUGGACGUCUCAACAGAGGUCAGUUCGAAGAGAUGUGCGUCGACAUUCUGGCCAGAGUGGAAUCUCCUCUGCGUAGUGUAAUGGAGCAAGCAAACCUGAAGAACGAGGACAUUUACGCUGUAGAAAUAGUGGGCGGUGCCUCAAGAAUACCAGCAGUUAAAGAACGAAUCGGCAAAUUCUUCGGGAAGGAACUGAGCACGACCCUGAAUGCAGAUGAAGCCGUGACUAGAGGAUGUGCCCUUCAGUGUGCAAUUUUGUCUCCUGCCUUUAAAGUCCGUGAGUUUUCCAUAACAGAUGUUGUCCCUUAUCCAAUCUCUUUAAAAUGGAGCUCUGCAGCAGAGGACGGCGUGAGUGAAUGUGAGGUGUUCCCAAAAAACCAUGCCGCUCCGUUCUCCAAAGUGCUAACCUUCUACCGAAAAGAGCCCUUCUCUUUGGAGGCCUACUACAACAGCCCUAAAGAGCUGCCUUACCCCGACCCCACAAUAGGGCAGUACAUGAUCCAGAAGGUCGUGCCCCAGGCCACGGGUGAGAGCUCUAAAGUGAAGGUCAAGGUGAGGAUAAACAUCCACGGGAUCUUCAGCGUGUCCAGCGCUUCACUGGUGGAGGUGUUGAAGAACGAGGAAUCCGAGGAGCCCAUGGACACAGAACAGAUCACAUCACCGACCGCAGAGAAGGAGGAAGAGGUGCUGCACUCUUACACACAGCAGAACAAAAUGCAAGUGGAUGAAGAGCAACAGACGGCCCAGGAUAAUGGAGAGAAAGAAGACGGAGAGAAGAAAGCAGAGACAGAGGAGAUGGAGACAUCGGCAGAGGAAGGCAAGCAAGAGAAGAAGGCAGAUCAGCCUCCGCAGGCUAAAAAGGCGAAAGUGAAGACAAAAGUCCUGGAUCUGCCUAUUGAAAACAAUCCGCAGUGGCAGUUAGCGAUCGAGAUGCUCAAUCUGUUUGUGGAAAAUGAGGGAAAGAUGAUCAUGCAGGAUAAACUGGAAAAAGAACGAAACGAUGCCAAGAACAACCUGGAGGAGUACGUGUACGACAUGAGGGACAAGCUGCACGGGAUGUUCGAGAAGUUCAUCAGUGAAAGUGACAGGGACACACUGUCAUUAAAGCUGGAGGACACCGAAAACUGGCUGUAUGAAGACGGAGAGGACCAAUCAAAACAAGUGUACAUCGACAAACUCAACGAAUUAAAGAAACUGGGCCAGCCCAUUCAGGACAGAUACACAGAGUCCGAGGAGCGGCCAAGGGCUUUCGACGAGCUCGGGAAACAGCUUCAGCAGUACAUGAAGAUAGUGGAGGCCUUCAAGAUGAAGGAGGAGCAGUAUGAGCAUCUGGAGGAGGCUGAGAUUCAAAAGGUUGAUAAGAUGGUGAGUGAAGUUAUGAUGUGGAUGAACAGCAAAAUGAACCAGCAGAGCAAACAGAAUCUCACCGCGGAUCCAGUGGUGAAAGCUGCGGAGAUUACGGCAAAAACCAGGGAGCUGUUCUCCAGUUGCAAUCCGAUCGUGACCAAACCCAAGCCUAAAGCAGAAGUACCAAAAGACGAAAAACCAGCAGAACAGAACGGACCAGUCAACGGGCAGGAAAACCCAGAGGCUGAGCCCAGUGCCAACGACCAAACGUCCACAGACGGGACAGAAGGCACCGACUCCAAACCCCAUAUGGAUCUCGACUAAGAGGACUAUAAGGUUUCUCAGUCGCUGUUCCGGUCAUUCCGUCUCCCCUGCCAUGGGGUCGUUUUGAAAGUCAGAAUCAUUAGUGGUUAAAUGGUGCAUGUCCUUUCUUUUCUUAAAAAAAAAAAAAAAGAAUAAAAUACAGCAUAAUGCAAUAAAAUUGUUCAUUGCCAUCCAUGCUGUGUGUGCACAUGACUGAGUAUAUGUGAUGUAUUCUACAAUAUUUGGGUCUGUGGAAACUGGUGAGUUUUAAUAAAUAUGGACUUUAAAUUGUCA